AUUCUUUAGCAUCACCCUGUGAUCCCACUUUUAUCCUGGGCUGUGCUCCCUGCAAUGUGAUCUGCUCCAUUAUCUUCCAGAAGCGUUUUGAUUAUAAAGAUAAAGUUUUUCUGGACAUAAUGGGAAGGUUUAAUGAAAAUGUCAAGAUUCUGAGCUCUCCAUGGAUUCAGAUCUACAACAAUUGCCCUACUCUCCUGGACUAUUUCCCAGGGAGUCAGAACAAAGUAUUUAAAAAUAUUGCUUUUAUAAGAAGUUAUGUUACAGAGAAAACAAAGGAACAUCAAGCAUCCCUGGACAUUCACAAUCCUCGGGACUUUAUUGAUUAUUUCCUGAUCAAAAUGGAGCAGGAAAAGCAUAAUCCACACGGGGAGUUUACUAUUGACAACUUGACAAUCACCGUGUCUGAUUUCUUUGGAGCUGGGACAGAGACGACAAGUACCACCCUGAGAUAUGCUCUCCUGCUCCUGCUCAAGCACCCGGAGGUCUCAGGUAUGCCCAGCAUGGUGGGAGGGGUGAAUUUCAGAAAAGAUGUUAGAAAGACACAGCAAGGACAUUCCAUCUUGUUUCUCUUAGAGAAAUGUCAUUAUUAA